AGAAAUUCUGCCAAAAAUAAAUAAACAUCUUUAAUCUUUCACUACUAGCAUUAUUAGACAAGAAUUUCCUAGAAGCUACCUUUUCAUAUUAUAUUAGUUUCAUUGAACUUGAGAGAUCAUUGAACUGGAAAGUUUCUUCAUCAACAGGUGUUCAUUUCAUUUCAUUUUUCAUAUCCAGUUAUGGCAGGAGAGUUGGUUGGAGGGGCAUUUCUUGGCGCAGUGGUUCAAGAAGGAGCAAAACCAUUCACAAAUCAAAUAUCCAAAGGUUUGAAGUUCAAAAAAACACGAAAAAUCGUUGACUCUCUCGUGGAACGAAUCAAGCCAGCAGCAGAAGAAAUUGAACGAUUAAAUGAAAACUUGGAUCGUCCAAAGGAAGAAACAAAAGUGCUAAUGGAAGAACUUAAACAAGGGAAAGAGGUAGUUAACAAACACUCCAAAGUUCCUUGGUGGAAAUUUUGUUGUCUACCUUGCUUCCAAGGAGAACUUCAAGCUAAGGAAGAGAAAAUUGCUAGAACCUGUAGCCUUGUUACCCCGAUGAACACGGCAAGAGAUGUUAAAGAGACACUUUCUAUAGUGAGAGAUUUGAAGGGGAGACAAUUCAAUUUCAAGAGGUUAUGUGAAUGUGAUCCUCCUGUAAAACCUGAUUUCACUGUUGGGUUGGAUGUGCCUCUGCAUCAGUUGAAGAAUUGGGUGCUCAGUAGUGAUGUGUCUGUAGACUCUGUACAUGUGUUAACUGGCUUGGCUGGAUCCGGGAAAACCACUUUGGCUACGUUGCUAUGUUGCGAUGACAAAGUUAUAGGAAAAUUUGGGGAAAAUAUAUUGUUCUUUCAUGUGGCGAAAAAUCCAGAUUUGAAGAACAUUGUGCAAACAUUGUUUGAACAUUGUGGACAUAAAAAGCCUUACCUUGUAGACCAUGAUGAUGCGGUUAAAAACUUGAGAUGUUUGCUCAACAAAAUUGGAGAGAAUCGUCGUCCAUUGAUGUUGGUUCUAGAUAAUGUUUUCCAAGGCUCAGAAUCCUUUGUCAAUGCCUUCAAGGUUCAAGUUCCAGAUUAUAAAAUUUUGAUAACUUCUAGAGUUAAGUUUCCACGGUUUCAAACUUCAUUAUUCUUAAAGCCUCUUAGCGAUGAUGAUGCUGUUACUGUUUUCCGUCACUUUGCACUACCAAAUGAUGGAACCACAGGAUCUUACGUUCCUGAUGAAGAUGAUGUACAACAGAUAGCAAAGGGUUGCUGGGGUUCUCCACUGGCACUUGAAUCGAUUGGGGGAUCACUCAAUGGGCAACAUAUUGAGGCAUGGAAAGAAAUGGUGAACAUGCUGUCCGAAGGUGGUUCUAUUGUUGAUUCUAAUGAUGAGUUGCGUGAUCGCCUGCAAAAAGUUUUGGAGAAUGCAUUGCAAGAUAAUCACAUCGUCAAGGAGUGCUUCAUGGACCUUGGAUUGUUUUUUGAAGACAAAAAAAUACCUGUGGCUGCUCUAAUUGACAUGUGGACAGAACUGUAUGACCUAGAUGACGACAACAUAAAAGGAAUGAACAUUGUUCGUAAGCUAGCCAACUGGCAUUUGGUUAAGCUUGUAGUUUCAAGGGAAGUGACAACUCACGUUGACCAUUACUACAACCACCAUUUCCUUACUCAACAUGACCUUCUUAAGGAGAUUUCUAUUCAUCAAGCGAGACAGGAACCAUUUGAACUAAGAAAAAGGUUAAUUUUCGACGUCAAUGAAAAUAGCUGGGAUCAACAGAACCAACAAAAUACCAUUGCUCGCACAUUGUCCAUAUCACCUGACAAAAUAUUAACCUCAGAUUGGAGCAAUGUUGAAAAAAUUAAACAAGUUGAGGUUCUGAUCUUGAAUCUCCAUACUGAAAAGUACACCUUACCAGAGUGCAUAAAGAAAAUGACAAAACUAAAAGUUUUGAUAAUUACCAAUUAUAAAGGCUUCCACUGUGCUGAGUUAGACAAUUUUGAGAUACUUGGCUGUCUACCCAACCUUAGACGAAUCAGGUUGCACCAGGUUUCAGUUCCUUCCCUUUGCAAAUUGGUUAAUCUGCGAAAAUUGUCCCUUUACUUUUGUGAAACGAAACAAGCUUUUCAAAGUAACACCGUUUCAAUUUCGGACAUACUACCAAAUCUAAAAGAAUUAUGUGUUGAUUAUUGCAAAGAUUUAGUGACACUUCCUUCCGGACUCUGUGAUAUUACUUCCCUCAAGAAGCUUAGUAUCACAAGGUGCAUAAAUUUUCUUUCGCUGCCACAAGAAAUUGGAAACCUCGAGAAUUUGAAAGUAUUGAGACUUAGCUCCUGUGCUGAGUUGGAGGAGAUACCAACUUCAAUUGAAAAGCUUCUUAAGCUACAUUUUCUUGAUAUAUCAGGUUGCGCAAGCUUUCACAGUUUACCAGAAGAAAUUGGAAACUUGCAUAAUCUAAAAGAGCUUCACAUGACUGGUUUCUCAUUAGACACAUUGCCAGGGUCAGUCACAAAACUCAAGAAUUUAAAGCAUUUAAUAUGUGACCAAGAGACUGCUGUAUGUUGGGAAAAUUUCAAGCCUAGCCUUCCAAAUCUGAAAAUAGAAGAGGCUGAAGUUAACUUAUUCAUUAUUGUAUGAUACUAUAUAUUCUUUCAUUUGUUUGCUGUCAUGGUAAUAUCUGUAAUGAACUCAAUGAUUUUCAAUUUCCAUUUAUACUAUAUAUCCUUGUAUACAUUUAUUUGAAA